AUGUUUUUACCUCCUAAUACCACAGCGCUUAUUCAACUGAUAGAUCAAAAUGUAAUUCAGAAUAUUAAAUUAAACUAUCGUAAGUCUCUCUUAGCCAAUGUUCUUGCUGAUUCGGUGCAUGGCGAAAACCUUAUUGAUGCUCUAAAGGCCAUAAAUUUAAAGGACGCAGUUUUUAAUUUUGCAAAUUGUUGGAAAUUGGUCCCGCCAAUGCUCAUAAAAAAAUCAUGGAAACACUUGCCUCCUUACCAAACAGAAAAUAAAAUCGACGAAGUUGUUGAAAUUAAUGACAUUCAACUUUCUACACUUAUAAACCAGAUACAGAAAACAUGUACGAAUAAAAUGUCUGAUUCUCAAGCACAGGAAUGGGCUUGCCGUGGCGCAGACGAAGAUUUAGCGAAUCAUGAAAUCUUAACUGAUGAUCAAAUUCUACAAAUUGCAGCAAAAGAGGAUGAUAUUGACGACGAGGAUGAAAGUGGCUCAAUUAGUACAAGUAAAGUUUCUCCUUCAGAAGCUGUGAAUGCACUGAAUACUGUAUUGCAAUGGGCGGAAGAUGAGAACAUGGAUAGCACUGAUAUUUUGUUGGUACGUCAAUUAAGAGAACUCGCUUUUGAAAUGAAAAUUAAAA